CGCCAGGCCCGCGCCUGCCCCAGACCCUAUAAGGCCUGGGGGCUGAGAGCAGAGCCAGCUGCCAGCUGCACCACCCGUUGCUCUGCGGGAGUCUCCCACAGACCAGCUGCUUAAAAUAUUACCAUGUCUGCUGAAGAUGAAGGAGGCCGGGAUCCCCUUAAACCCAAGGGCAAGACUCUGGGAAGUUUCUUGGAGUCCCUGCCUGGCUUCAGUUCUGCCCGGAACCUGAUGGCCGGCGCCCAAGGCUCAGCGAGAGAGGCCCGGCCAGUCGCCGAUCCUACAGGGGCUUCCACCCAGCCCCAGGCGCAGGCAGCCACCGACCCGGAGCAGACGGCCAGUGGAGACAAGCUGUCACCACCUUCCGACAAGGUGAUCUCCGGGGCAAAGGACCUGGUGUACUCCAAGAUGACCAAGACCAAGGACGCCAUCUCCUCUGGGGUGGCAACCAUGGUGGACACAGCCAAAGGCGUGGUCCAGGGAGGCCUGGGAGUGACCCGCUCUGCGUUCACAGGCACCAAGGAGGCUGUGGCCAGCGGGGUCACGGGGGCAGUGGGUGUGGCCAAGGGGGCCGUCCAAGGGGGUCUGGACACCUCAAAGGCUGUCCUGACAGGUGCCAAGGACACCGUGUCCACAGGCCUCACUGGGGCACUGGGUAUGGCCAAGGGCACCGUCCAGACUGGCGUGGACACCACCAAGACUGUGCUGACCGGCACCAAGGACACCGUCUCCAGUGGGGUGACUGGAGCCGUUAAUGUGGCCAAAGGGGCCAUCCAGACGGGCGUGGACACCUCGAAGGCCAUCCUGACAGGCACCAAGGACACAGUGUCCACUGGCCUCACUGGGGCACUGGGUAUGGCCAAGGGCACCAUCCAGACGGGUGUGGACACCACCAAGACUGUGCUGACCGGCACCAAGGACACCGUCUCCAGUGGGGUGACCGGGGCUGUUAAUGUGGCCAAAGGGGCCGUCCAGACGGGCGUGGACACCUCGAAGGCCAUCUUGACAGGCACCAAGGACACAGUGUCCGCUGGCCUCACUGGGACACUGGGUAUGGCCAAGGGCACCAUCCAGACGGGCAUGGACACCACCAAGACUGUGCUGACCGGCACCAAGGACACCGUGUCCACAGGCCUCACUGGGGCACUGGGUAUGGCCAAGGGCACCAUCCAGACGGGCGUGGACACCACCAAGACUAGGUCCCCGGAUACUGUCUGUGCAGGCCUGCACCUUGCUGGGGAAGCCAGCAGUGGCGCCAAAGGCUUUGAGCCUGCCGCGACAACACUCAGCCAAGCGGCUCCCCUGGGCCGGGGGGAUGCAGGGCAUGUGGCCCCCACACCUGGCCAGGAAGGUGCCAUGGGCUUUGUGAUGCUCCAGGAUGAGUUGGAGGGGCUGGGGGACAUCUUCCACCCCAUGGACGCCGAGGAGCAAGCUCAGCUGGCUGCUUCUGAACCUGGGCCGAGGGUGCUCACAGCCGACCGUGCCAGCUAUUUUGUGCGUUUGGGUGACGUGGCGCCCCGCUUCCGCCAGCGGGCUUUUGAGCACGCCCUGAGCCACCUGCAGCACAGCCAGUUCCAGGCCAGGGCCACCCUGGCCCAGCUUGACGACUCCUUCGGGCUGGUGCCAGAUGCAGGGGCUCUGUCCAGGGCCUGCGGCCUCCUCCAGCAGCUCCACGUGGCUUGCAGCACCCUGGCCUACAGUCUCCAGGGCCUCCCGGCCGAGCUCCAGCAGCAGGUUGGGCGGGUGCGGCAAAGCAUCUGCGAGCUCUAUGGUGUCAUGUCCUCCGCAGGCUCCGCGGCAGAGCUGCCGGCUGAGCGCCUGGCCCAGGCCCGCGACAGCUUAGGCCGGGCAUGGGAGGGUCUGGAGCGGACGCUGGAAGGUGUGCAGCACCAGCCCCCACUCAGCUGGCUGGUGGGGCCCUUCGCCCUGGCCCCUGGCGGGCAGCAGCUGUAGGUCCCUGCAGUGGAGCCCUCCCCCUGGCCCCAGACCAGCUCCAGCUCCCCGCACCCUUCGUACUGGUGCUGGCCGGUGCCAGUGGGGACGUCAAGGACUUUCGAUUCAGCCAGGCCAUGUGCCUGGCUCGGGGCCGCCUGCACCAGCCACCCUGAGCAUGCUGGCCCUUCUCGAGGGCUGCAGAAGGCCAUCCAUCAUCUGAAGAACUUCCAUUCAGGGAGAAGUGGAAAUGUGCCUAAGCCUACAAAGUUCUCCAUUCAGCACUUUAUCUUUAGGGGUCUCUGCCCCACAGCCUGGGUCCUUUAGCUACCAGCUUAGCAGGAGGCUGCCUCCUCUGUCCCCACUCUGAAAGCAGCCCUGGCCCUCAGCAAACCACAUCCCCCUGCAGCAGAAUGUACCAGAAUGUGCCAGAACGCCACCAUCACUGUGAGGCAGCUCCCACCCACUGUCUCAGCUGGCAUCCGAUGGGCCAAGAGGGUCUAGGGGAAAAAGCCACAGCAGCCACCAAGGGGACCUUGCACUGGUCUGGCUUGAGAUCUGGAUCACAGCUUACAAGCCCCUUUCCGGCCUCCCCACUUGUGCCAAUCACAGAGAUUGCCCCGGGGCUAAGGCUCUGUGGUUCCUGGGGGCACCUGGGCCCAGAGGCUGCUGAUGAAGGACUAAAAGGGCUUCCCACAGGGGAUGGGGCCCUAGGGGGCAUGUGGCAAACAUGGUCCUGCUCCCCAGCUCUCCCUGGGUCACCAGUGCAGCCCUGCGAGGUGGCUAUACCAGGGGCCUUGCCUGCCCUCCAGCCGGGGGGGAUGCAGCAGCCAAGCCUUGUCAAGCCCACAGCCCACAUCUGUUUGUCUCCCUGGCUGGGGGCCUCCAGCACCCCCCACUGUGCCCCCUUCACAGAAGUGGUGCUCUGAGCUCCAGGUCGGAUGGGCCAGUUCUCCCGAGGGUCACCGCAGCCCCCAGGAGCCAGGCACCCACGGAGUUGGCCAUGGAGACACGGGAGAUGAGUAAGGGGACAGCUCCAGUCUAUCCAUUUUCAGUAUCCACCAAAGGACAUCAGAAGCGGUCACACUGUGGCCAUUCACAAAAACAGCGUGGUGACCUGGCCUCGUCUGGCCAAACCAAAUGGGGGGUGCCCAGCUGUGGGACUCCCACACCACACCCUGGCCUCUCCCCCAGCUGGGGCAGCAGGACUCGGCUGUGGGCAGGCCAGGGGACACACAGUGCCCACUAUUGUCUAACAAACAAACUGCCAUGUGCAGGCGUCGCCUGGCUGGGGUCAUCCCCCACACGGGUGAGGAAAGGCAAGGGGGUGGGAGUGACAUGUGCCUAGGGUCACACAGCUAGCCUGUGCCUGGGACUCAUGCCCCUUCAGAGUUAAGGACGACAGAGCCCCUAGCAUGCUCCCUGCUUGAGGGCCCGGAUGCCCGGAGCUGGUGCUGCUAGGGACUCUGGGUCUUGCCUCGGGGGUCAAUGGGAACAGGAAACAUGCGAGUGGGUGGCGGAGGCAGCAGUUUCCAGGGAAGCGUGGCCUUGCCCGCACUGGGCACUGGGCUGCCACGCAUCUCAGCUCCACUGUCCUUCAUGGUCAGCCCUGCAGGGCAGGCCAGGCUGGGCCCAGCACUGUUAGAACCAAGUUCACAUCUGCUCUUAAUCAUGACACUGUGGCUUUAAACUGUCCCCGGACGGGUCCCUGACAGCUGCCUAUUGCUUCCCAGCUCUGGCCCAGCUGCACCCAUAACAAGAGAAAACCAACCA